GGAUCCCAGGCAUGAGGCGAUAUUUUCACGGAACAAGUAACUUAAACCAGUCAGAUACAUAGAGAAUAAUCAUUGUGUACACACCGGUCUUACUGACCUGUGUACUAUCGCGAAAGGAAUUGUGGGUAGCACUACUUUUUCAACAUGGCUGCCGAUUGACAUCAUCUCAGUUUGUCAACGUUCAAGGAAAAGAUGUACUCAGCUUGUCAUGCGGAUACUGGUAGAAGAAAUACAGCCAUUGUCCAUGUUUUCUACGGCAACACCUCGUCUUGUGGACCAUAAAUACAGACAAGUGGUUGAUAGACCAUCACAAGUUCAUCCAAUGUUUGUGAUCAUGAAAGACCCAAAGUCAUUACCUAAUUGUGUUCAGAUAAUGGACACUAUAUUAGGAACCAUAGAGUCAUUAUAUACAUCUGCUGGGAGAGGUGAUGAGUUUAACAACAUGGCCAGUAUUCCCCUGGGUGGUGAUCAGCUGACACGGGUAACAUUUGAUUCGGCACGCGUUCUGAGAUCUGGUACUCACAGUCGAACAGAGAGGUUUGACCAGUUGUCUCCAGUCAUCGAAGAACUAUUUCAUGUUCAGCAAGACUUGUUAGAGAAAAUCAUCAAAACCUUCUACAUACCAGAAACAGCUCGUGAAGAGGGAUCACUUGCCCAGUACAGAGCAAUUCUUCAUAGAACAAACGUUAAUGGUCAAGUUAAGGCUAAUGGAUAUGAAUCACACAAAGACUUCCUCAUUACUGUCACUAGAGCUCUUGUGAUAGAGUUAGCUUGUGAAAGAUGGGGGGCUGAUUGCAAGACAGACUUGGGGUCUCUGGUUCCGGAAGAAGUGAAGACUUCUAAUACCAAAGGGAAGAAGCAGUGGUUACAGGAGCAAGUGACCAAAGUGGUGGAUACACUGUUCUGCCCAUACUCUGCUCCAAAAGAUGCUAAAAUAUACCUUCGGCGCAGUGGCCAUUUGUACUGUGUUACGGUGCCUUCAAAAGAUGUCGGGAAAACCAUUGAUCUUAUAAUAAAUGGUGAAGCUGUCCGCAUAAGAGUGCCUGAAGAUUGUAAAACUGACGAAGCAGAAGAUGGUGUGUUUUCAUACAGCCUUGGGAUUGUCAGAGUUGCAAUGGAUUUUAUCAUGUUCAAUGAUGCAAUAAAAUCAGGUGAUAUAGACAUGAUUACAAUUCUUAUGAAACGAUUCAUUCCACUGUUUAUAGGAUUGUCAUCCUACAAAUCAAAGUAUGCUAUUGAGUGUGUCAACUUCCUUACUAAAACUGAAUGCCUGUUGUCAGAUUUAAAAUCAAGAUAGGUGAUAUAUCUGCCAAACUCUGGAGUAUUUCACAUAUCUUACUCAUUGAAUAUCUUCAUAUUUGCUUAGUGAAUGGCUAUAAUCAUGUAGGUGAAAUUUUGUUGGUGAGGUGACUUGGAGACCUGGAUCAGGGGUGGAUUAGGUAACUGUUUAAUCACCAUUUUUCAAGUGUUAAAUCUACCAGCCAUGUGUAUAUGUAUUAAACAUCAGUAUAAAUAAUAGAAACAAUUACCAUUCCAGAAUCAUGUGUGCCUCGUCUACAGCUAUGCACGAAAUUAUUUUUUUAUUCUCCAAAUUUUGUAUCAAGGAUUUCCCCGUA